AUGGAUCCGUACCCCGCUUCGCUCCCUCCACUACACAUUUUAAGCGUCACCACACAUCGCAACGGCUAUUUCACGUCCCUGGUCUACAGUAGCACUCUGCUCGGUGCGGACCUCCGGGUGUUUGGGUGGGGACAAAAGUGGCAUGGGUUUGGCUCCAAAAUGAUGGCUAUGGUCGCGUUCUCCAGGUCCCGUGACCCGGGCGAGAUUGUCAUGAUCGUCGACGGAUUUGACACUGUCUUGCUGCAGCCUAAAGAGGCAAUUGCACGGAAGUUCCUUGAGUUUGGCAACCGCAUCGUGGUCACAGGCGAAGCAACGAUGCACCGAUGGGGUUUUUUCAAGCAUCUUUUUCGGCUGUACCAUGACUGUAUCUUCCGAGCUAGCGGCGACAAUAAGUGGCCGAAGCCUCUGCCGUAUGCGAGCCCAAAUCUCCGCCUAACACUUGUUAAUGCGGGUGCUUUCAUCGGCUUUGCAGGGGAUAUUGUCCGCUUAUUCCAGAAUAUCGAUUGCGACACGAACGAUCAGAAGUUCCUGGGCGACCUCUAUCGAGCUGAUCCGUAUAAGGACGUAGUCAUUGAUCACAAUUGUGCCAUUUUCGCCCUGUACCGGUGCAGGCAAGCAGCGAGUCACAAUCUUCCCGCCUGGCUAUCGGAGAACGGGGUUCAACCUAUUCUCAAUUUUCUUCUCCAACUCUAUAUGCUGUCUAAAUGGUCUCAUGUGUUUACUCCACUCGCAAAAGGAGACUGGGCUGCGUCACAGGAUGAUCCUUUUGGCCAGCAGCCGUGGCCUUUGCCCCAUAUAACUGCGAACGACGGGGGUGAAGUCAUUCCGAAGGCGCAGGGAGGAGACGCCUCUGUUUUAGUGAACUCCGGCCUGCUGCUAGGGCAUCUGGUCUUGGCGGCCGUGGCCGAACUCGGGGUGUUUAUCCUGCGUGUUGUUUCCUGGGUCGUCGAAGUGGCUAUUCGCCUGCGCUGGGUGUUUCUCGGGGGGGCUAUCGUUGGCAUCACGAUCCUCACUGGAAUGACACUCAUUGUCGUCGGCUUGAAUGUGGAUGGAGAGAAUGACGACGGCUCAGGGCAAGCGACGAAGGAUUCAAACAGCCUCAAAAAGAAGGUCCGAGACGGUUCUCCAAGAACACACCAAAGGCAUUUCGUCCGCGAGAGACAAAUGCAUCAAACGGCGCGUGUAGAUCAGCAUCUUUAG